AGCGUGGACACUAGCCAUGAACUGAUGACCUCUCUCGACCCCAGAAGUAGAACUGUGGUCAUGAGCACAUCAGUAGAACAGGAGCACGAACUCACGUCAGGGACAGAUCAAAGCCAUGGUCAUGCUCAUGGUCAUGUUCAUGGUCAUGGUCAUGGUCAUGGUCAUAAUCAUGGCCAUAGUGGGAAGAAAGUGAUCCCGCCCGGGGAAGAGGCGGAUGCAUCUGGUGCUCGUCCUUAUUUACAGAGGAGAGAGUCUGCGAUAUCCUUCAGAGAAACAGUCGAGAGGGUGCAGUUAGUGCCGAAGGAGAGAGGACUUAAUGAUGACGAGGAGGAUGGUGGGGAGGAUCUUGUGGCUUUAAGGUUCGAGCAGUCCCUCAAGGACCCAGAUUCCGCCAGCAAAGAGUCUUCGGAGUUUGUGGCUAAGAGAAAGGAGCACUACGACACCUACAUGGACCUGGGACAGGCCAGACGACUGGCUAGACUGGCACUAGACGCCGAGACGGGGGAGCCGACCAUUACCAACACAGAAGGCUUUACACAGGAUACGAUGGAUGGAACGUGGACACAGGAUACCGUGGGGACCAUAGGGGGGACCACUGGGGGGUCAAUAGGAGCGGACGAGACUGAUCUGUGAUAAGGAUUGAGAUUCUUCCCAUCAAUCCAGUCCAAAAGCUAACUAAAUAGUUUAUAAUGGAUUGUGAGGUGGAGCAAGAAGAUUGGCAGAA